GCUGGAUGGCGUCCAAGAGCAUUCAUAAGAAGCACCAAGAAAAUUCACAGCAAGAUAAAAACCAAUUCUCAGUGCAUCAUUAUUUAGAUCCAAAUCAGAGUAUUCAUGCUUUAAUUUCAUGCUCAGAAAAAAAGUAUGAAAAAAAUCAAAAUCAAAAGAAAAAUCCACUACCUUCAUCAUAUUACCAUCAGAAGCGGAAUCCGGGAAGCAGUGCACAUUCCCCUUAUGGAUCAGUAGAUGAAAGUAGUCGAACAGCCGUCAGCCCAGCUAUGGAUAUGGUAUCAAACCAAGCACCGAUUCACACACGACAAGUCAGUGCACCGAACCUUCAUACGAGUGUUAAUAAUGGCCAAUCUUCCGCAACAGUACCACAUCCAUCUCAUCACAAUGUCCACCAUCAACACUCAAAAAGUGUUUCUGCAUUACCAAUGACUAUUGGCUACUCUCCAGUACCUUCUCACGUAAAAUCAGUAUCUCAUGAAGCAAAUUACUCAUAUGCAGGACUCUCGGAAAUACCACAACAACAAGGAAUGAUGCAACAAAAUCGGGAAAAGAGCUUAUCGCUAGACCCAAUGAGAAGGCCAUUUAUGACACCACAGGAUGUUGAGCAGUUACCCAUGCCCCAAGGAUGGGAAAUGUGUUACGACAGUGAUGGAGUUCGGUACUUUAAGGAUCAUAACUCAAAAACAACAACGUGGGAUGAUCCUAGGCUAAAACAACAAGAACAAACUGGUUUUGGAUUAGGAGAAAACAUUGGCCAAAACCGAUAUAAUAAUUGUUACGACAAUGGACACUCGUCUCGAUCAUUGCCCUCAAUUCAUCAGCACCAGCAGAUGAUUCCCAAUCAUCCACAACCACAAUACUCUUCUCAGCAGCAAAUGGAUUAUAUUCAGCAGUUACAAAACGAACGAAUGAUGAUUCAAGAGAAGAACGCGCAGCUGAUCAAUUCUGGACUUGUCGACAGUCCGCAACCACCAUAUCAAGCAAUUUCCCCCAUGUCAUCAACUAUGAUGCAUUCUCAUGAUCCAAAUUUCAUGUACCAACAACAACAACAGGCUCAAAACUCUCAACAACAACAGACACCGCAUACAUUGCACCAGAUCCCAAAUCAAUACCAAAAUAGUCAAAUGAACGACGACAGUGCGAUGGAAGUCGAUUAUUCCAUGGUAUCACACCCCCAGCAACUACAACAUCAGCAUCAACCACAUAUGCAUAAUAAUAUGCCUAGCAAUUAUGUAAUCGAUGAUAUCAAUCCACACGAAUUCGACCAGUAUCUACAAAUUAGCAACGAUAACAAUCGAGGAGUGGGAUCAAUGGUGCACCAUUAUCAAUAAAUGUCUAAUCAGCAGAAUAACCACUCUCUUUCUCUUUCUCUCUCUCUCUCUCUCUCUCUCUCUCUCUCUCUCUCUCUCUCUCUAAAACGUGCCUGUGUCUAGAUUAUAGCGACUUGUGAUUUGAAAUUUGAAACUUGAAGAUUCAUCAGAAAGUUUUUCAAUUGUUUCCUUAUUAUAUGUGAUCAUGUGCUCAACCCCGUUUCCAAUACCUGCAUUAUCAAUGUUUGUCCAUACUUUCUUUGAAAUUUCCCCUGCAAAAACGUAGUCAUUCAGUAGUGAACCUUAACAAUUUCCUAAUCAUAAAAGUUGCCAAAAAGAAAUUUAUCGAUUAAAAAAGUUGACUUUUUGAUUUUUUUGACUUACUUUGAUUUACUUAAUGGAUCUGAAAAGAGAAUUUUCAACCUUUCUUGAAUAAAAACUCCAAAUGAAUUCAGUUGCUUUACCAUAUUAGAGUCACCAAUUCCUUUCUUCCACAAUUAGCUGCAAUUUAGUUCAAAAUACCUUUGUGAUGUGAUUUUUCUGUAUUUUCCGCUCAAAUUUUCUUUUUUUGUUCUACGUCUAAUUACACUUAAAUAAAAUAAGACAAAAUGGAAGAGAUCAUCAAGCAUUUUUUUGAUAUCAUGUACGAUUGUUGAUUUGUGUAUUCUGAAACUUUUUAAAAUAUGCCUAACAGUUUCUGACUUCUGCUAUUCAAGGUUCCAAAUAAACAAUUUAUCGAUU